CCUCUUCUCCGGUUCCGGCGACUCUGCAUAACUCCAUCCAAUCGUGCCGAGGCAUCUGCAGAGCUGACCAGCGACUAGCAGGCAUCCUGCAGACUUGCAGGGAUAGCUGCCAGCAGACCCUCCACCACAGAAUGAUCUGUCGCUCAGCACAGCUGCGUCACGGGCGGGGUUAACGACGACGCUUGGGAUUAUUUAAGGCGACACGACGUCCGUUUCCCAAUCUUCUGCUGGCUGUGACUCGGAGUUUAUCUUCCCCGCACUCUCCCCGCCCUCGUCUCUUCCUUCGUCUCCACACUUCCACAGCUGGCAAUUUCACAGCCAUGGCCAUCCAGUCGAGAGACCGUCUUGAACCCGGUUCUUUUAACAUCCCCGCGGGCAAGCUCCCAAAGACCUGCACAUCCACCGGUGUCGACCCCGACAAAGUCGCCGCGGAGCUGGUCGACAAGUUCAAUGCCGCCGUCUCCCGGAAUGACUUCAAGGCGGCGACGGACUUGUUCCUGGACGGAAGUUACUGGAGAGACCACCUGUGCGUGUCUUUGGAUUUCAGAACCAUCAAAGGACGAGAGAAUAUCGCCUCGUUCCUCCAGGACAACCCCCGCCUCGUCAAGCUCGAGCUGGAUAAGUCCUCGGCCUACCGAGCCCCCCACGUGGGCCCCAUCGACGCAUUCGGGGAGGUGACGGGUGUCGAGUUCAUUGGAAAAGUGACCAGCAAGAUCGGGACCGGAAGGAGCGUAGUCCGUCUGGCCGAGCAGGAUGGCGGAUGGAAGUUCUUCACCGUGUUCACGACGCUGCAGGAGAUCGACGGCUGUGAGGAGUUGACCGAUCACCGGAGACCCGUGGGCGUGCAGCAUGGCGAGCGGCAAGGUAGAACGAACUGGCAGGAUCGACGGAAUCUCGAACAGGAGGGUAAGAAUGGGGAUCCUACCGUACUGAUCGUGGGUGCCGGCCAAGCGGGCCUGACUGCCGCUGCGCGACUCAAGAUGCUCGGAAUCAAUUCUCUGCUCAUCGACCAGAACGACCGGGUCGGCGAUAACUGGCGCAAGCGAUACCACCAGCUCGUACUUCACGACCCCGUGUGGUUCGACCACAUGCCCUACGUGCCGUUCCCGGCCAACUGGCCCAUCUUCACGCCGAAGGACAAGCUGGCCGAGUUCUUCGAGUGCUACGUCAAGAUGCUCGAGCUCAACGUGUGGACCAAGACCACGGUGACCGGCUCCUCGUGGAGCGACCAAUCCAAGCAAUGGACCGUUGAGCUGCAGCGACGGAAAGGCGACGGCUCGACGGAGACGGUCACCGUCCAGCCGCACCACAUCAUCCAAGCGACAGGCCACUCGGGGAAGAAGAACAUCCCCGAGUUCAAAGGCGCCUCGAGCUUCCAGGGCACGCGGCUCUGCCACAGCUCCGACUUCCCCGGCGCGGAUCCGAACUCGCGCGGCAAGAAGGCCGUGGUCGUGGGAGCGUGUAACUCGGGGCACGACAUCGCGCAGGACUACUACGAGAAGGGGUAUGAGGUAACCAUAGUGCAGCGCAGCUCGACCUGCGUGGUCUCGUCGGCGGCAGUGACAGACAUCGGCCUCAAGGGCCUCUACGAAGAGUCGGGGCCGCCGACCGAAGACGCCGACGUGUGGCUGUGGGCGAUCCCGCCCGAGCUCUUCAAGACGCAACAGCUCAAGAUCGCAGACCUGCAGGCGGCACACGACAAAGCAACGCUGGAGGGACUCGAGCGCGCCGGCUUCAAAGUCGACCGCGGGCCCGACGACGCGGGCCUGUUCCUGAAAUACUUCCAGCGCGGCGGCGGCUACUACAUCGACGUCGGGGCCAGCCAGCUGAUCGCCGACGGCAAGAUCAAGGUGAAACACGGACAGGAGAUCACCGAGAUCCGGCCGCACGGGAUCCAAUUCGCCGACGGCUCCGAGCUCGAGGCCGACGAGAUCGUGCUGGCCACGGGGUAUCAGAACAUGCGCACGCAGGCGCGGCUGCUCUUCGGCGACGAGCUGGCCGACCGCGUCGGCGACGUGUGGGGAUUCGACCGCGAGGGCGAGUUCCGCACCAUGUGGCGGCGCAGCGGGCAUCCGGGCUUCUGGUUCAUGGGAGGCAACCUGGCGCUGUGUCGGUAUUAUUCGCGGCUGCUGGCGUUGCAGAUUAAGGCGACCGAGCUAGGACUAUACUCCGCUUAGUGAUUAUCUCCGCUUUGUCAUUCUGAGUAGCGCAGGUAGUUCAUCUAGUUCAAUCUAUGGAAGUCAAAUUGC